CUAAUAUUGCUCCGUUCCUCGCCACUGCCUUGCCGGCCACUGCCGCCGCAGCGAACUCCAAGCGGAAGAAGGAAUCUGCCGUUGCCCACCUUUUCGCCUCCCUCCAUUUUCAAUCCAAUUUCCGACACCACAAUCGACUAGCGUUGCAUGAGUGACCAACGACAACGAGAAGACCCAAUCCUCCUCUUCCCUCUACUUUCGCUUCCAGCCCCUGCCAUUCUUUAUCCCCAACAAUCACCGCCGCCCUUUCUCUCCUUAAUAGCUGAUGGUGCAAACUCAUCAAAUAUUAAUAAUAAUAAUAAAACUUAUAUAUAUAUAUGUGCUUCUCCAUGGCCAAGGUGAAGGAGUGGAAUCAAAAGCAGUAGAUAACAAUAGAUUUGAGAGUGGGAAAAGGUAGAGGAAGAAGGCAAUUCUAAUCAUUGCCCUUUCUCGCCAGCAGCGCAGCGGAAGCUAGGUAUUGCGGCGGCAACGGGCGGGGACUUUCAGGGCGAACGACGAUAUAUACGAGUAAGAAUCUAGGUCGAAUUUUCGUUAGAGAUUGGAAAUAUUCUUGGGAGCAAAAAAGUCGAAUUACCUAUUUUAGGGCGAUAAAUUUCAAAAAGGUAGGCGUUAAUUAGUAACUCCCGACCCGGUUUCCCGAGAUUGAGUAUACACGUGUUCCCUUUCGUUUUCCUCGAUAAAUCACGUGAUCCCUUUCAAGUCUUCCUCCUCGCCUUCCAUUAUUUAUCACGAAAUUAUUAUAAAAUCACUGGUUCACGAAUCUUCUUGUCUCGACUGUCGACUGAGCUCAAGCUUUUCGCCUAAUAGAAACUUCUGGGAAAGCUACCGUUUACCUUACUCGUCCACACAGAGAGUGAAAGAGUAAGCCGAGAAAGCCAUUAAAGGGGAAAGGAAAGCAACAAGUUCUUCUCUCUUCGUUCUCGCAGCCGGGAGUUGAAUCAGCCAGAAGGAAGGGAAAAAUGCCGAGCAGCUGCGCGAUCUUCUGCGAGAUCCUGAUAGCAAUCUUGCUCCCUCCGCUGGGAGUCUGCCUCAGGCAUGGCUGCUGCACCGUGGAGUUCUGCAUCUGCGUGCUGCUGACGAUUCUCGGCUACCUACCGGGGAUCAUCUACGCGCUGUACGCGAUCGUGUUCAUCAAUCGGGAGGAGUUCUUCGACGAGGCCAGGCGCCCUCUCUACUCCUCUAACUACUGAUGGGUAGAUGCUGACACUUUUAGCUUAAAAACAGCGAUCUGAAUCGUUUCAUUGCUGUUUCUGUAUGUGUAAUGUGUAUUUCCAUUUCCUGUUGUAGACUCCUUUGAAAAUUUGGAUGUUAAUGAAGCUCUCAAUUGGUUAAACCUGCUUGAAUCUAUCGCGGAAGGAACAAUUGCGUGGCUGCUUUCUUGAAUUGGUUUGUUCUUCUUUUGUUUGGACACUACGCUCAUGGUAGCAAGAAAAGUCGGGGUGGAAACCCUAGCGCUCCCCAUUAGGGGGCGAAACGGCCAAUAUAAAAAUGAGGGAUUCCCCAACUUCGGCCGUUGAUAUGAAGCUGACUAGCUGAGCCCGCUCUAAAUCUCUGCUCUAUUCGUCUUAUUAUUCCAUUUUUGGCUCCUAGAGCUUAUGCAGAUUAGAUAGUAGUACAUUUACUGUAAAUUUUGCUUCAAGGUUUCAUCUUUCAAGCUCUGACUAUUGCCCAAUGGUGGAAAGCAAUUACAUUGAUCGGCUGCAGAUGGUUGAACUUUCUAUUCCCAUCGCUAGCCUUCACUCACCACCGCGGCAUCCACCUCCUUAUCUUACCACCGCCAUCGCCACCACCGUGCACACACCCCCCCACGACUGCAGUGGUGGUUUUUUGAAGGCUGGCAAAUGGAUGCCAUCGGCGCUGAAUGAUUCUAAGCUAUGAGAUCUGAGGGCAUUUCUAAUCUGUUUCUUCUUAUCUAAAAAGAACAAACUUUUUUCCUCUUCUCUGGGUCUUGGUUUAUCUUUUGAGUAUAUUCAUGACGUUAGCUUAAAUUUAUGUAACUUUCUGGUUAAAAUGUUGGCGAUUGGUAGCUGAAAUUUUCAGUCUUUAUGGUAUUUUGACUGAAUGGUUGUGACUGGAUUUGCCCGAUGAUGAAAGCUCUUGUUGAUUUGAGCUCUCCUGUACUCAUAAUCUUCUUAAUCUCUCUCCAUUGGCACUCUUGUUGUUGUUGUUGUUGUUGUUGUUCCCAUUGCCAUUGUUACAUAGAAUUUCUAUGUACAGCUACUGCUGCUCUUACUAUUUGGUGGUAGCAGUAGUGGCAUUGUUCUCUCCCUUUUGCUUCUCGUCAGAAUAUAGAAGACGAGUAACUUACCAUCUAUGAAUUCUCAUAACCAGGAGAAUCUGAGGGCAUAGGAUACUGUUUAUUCUUAUUGUAAUUGAUCCAAAUUUUGUGGAAAUUGCUUGUCUGAAAGUGAAAAUGGCUAGUGGUAAUUGUAGGCUGUGAUAAAACAUAAUGUUAGGAAGUGCUUUCACGGCAACUUUAUUUGUUAUCAGUCUCUUGAUAAAUUUUCAGGUUACUCCGUCACGUGUCAGUCUCAUAGAACAGCCUCUUGAAGGACUCCAUAGCUUCAGCUUCCAAGCAAAUUGUCAAGGACAGACUCCCAUCAGCAUUUCGUGGCAGGAGGUGCCCUGUCCCUUCAUUGGAGUCCACUUUGCGAGUUAGUAUUGGACUUCCCCAUCCAAAGUCUGCACCUUUGAAAGGGAGGUUCAUCCAGCUCACCAGCAACAGGUUGGGCGAUUGACAGGGUCGAACCUCGAUGACUCCCUCAGGAUUGCUGGGAUCUUCCAUGUAAUAUAUUGAUGACCUUAGAUACUCAUCAUCCAUCUUGGAUAUUGCCUUUCGAAUUCUACCUACUGUUUGUAGCAUUGGCUCAUUAGCAAGCUCUCGUGUUGCAGCGAAUGCUUGUGGUAAGAACAAUCACGUUGCCUAAGUUCUCCCGAGCAAUUGGAGGUUUCAUUCUGGAUCUGGCAUUGACUGGGAUCUGCAAUUUGGUUGGCUGCUCAUCUGUCAAGCCGCGUGCUUUGCUGACACAAUGCCAUAUAUGUGCUGACAAGAUCUCGUAGGUGCUGUGUCUGACCUCUGAUUGGUUGCUCCUUGGAUUGGCCUUCUCCUUCAGUGUUCUCGGUUGGUCUGGUGUCAUCUUCAGGAUGUGGUUGGUAGAUGGUUUUGGCUGGCUUUGUGGUUGUAGUGGAUUGGUAUUUGCAAUCAUGAUAGGGUGAGGGUCAUGCUCGGUGUGGUGAAAUUCUCGGGCUGGUUCUCGAGCUUUGAGAAUGCUGCGGUCCAUAAUCGGUAUGGUUGCUGUCAAGAACCAGUUGAUCCCAAUAACUCGAGUUGUUGGGAGAGGUUCAAUCGUGGAUCUUAUACCACUCUCUAACACGCCCCCUCAAACGAAAGCCAACCCAUGGGCUUGAAGUUUGCACAGGCCCACCAUACCAUGUGGUUGAAAGACAACGGUUAAUAUUGGUGGUCGUGAAGAUUCGAACACAUGACCUUUUGGUUCUAGGCUCUGAUACCAUGUCAAGAACCAGUGAUACCAUGUCAAGAACCAGUUGAUCCCAAUAACUCGAGUUGUUGGGAGAGGUUCAAUCGUGGAUCUUAUACCACUCUCUAACAGUUGCAAGGUAUACACCACGAGUCAUCUCUGCCCAAGUGUUGAUGAAGCUGAGUGCCCUCCGAGUAUUACCCGACCCGUAGUAGCGUGGGGCCCGCCCCGCCCCGAACCAUUGCCAUCACUAGAUAGAAUGGCACCAGCGCCCUGAGCAUCCUUCAGCACUUUGGUUUCGAAUAAAUCUUAAUAGCUUACAAACAUGUUGCAGUGCUGUUCUUUCUUUAUUUUAAUUCUUAAUAUAAAUAAUUAAAGCCAUUAAGUUCUAUUUUCCCAAAAGGGCGAUUAAAGGCUUAAUUGCAAG